GGGUUACAGGCAUGCGUCACCACAUCUAGCCACUCAUUUUAAUCCUUCUCACUUCCCUUUCACACACCCCCACUCUGCUACCUGCGUCUCAAUCCUCCCAAGCGCGCAGAGAGGCCCGGAAAUGGGGAGAGCAGCCGCCACAGGGCCAGGGACGCACUUCCGGUUUGGCUUUGUUUUGGUUUUUCCCGCAGCGGCGUGGUAAGGGUUCUGGUUGGAGAAGUCUGUGGGAAAGUGACCCCUGGGGCAACACUUAGAGGAAGUCAGCAGAUGCCGGAAAAAGUCCUGUUAAAUUCUGAACGCCCCAAAGCGCAGAUGGCUGUGAGGUCCCAGGUCGCCGCGCCACUCCUGUCGGAGGAAAUUUUAAAGGGGAAAGUGGAGGAAGACUCACGCGAGGUGCUGGAGUCCGAACCCCCCGGGGCCUGCACGGAUCCCGAAGGUUCUCGGCGGCAGUUUAGGCAGCUGCGGUACCAUGAGGUGGCUGGGCCCGCAGAGGCGCUGAGCCGGCUCGGGGAACUUUGUCGUCGGUGGCUGAGGCCCGAGCUGCACUCCAAGGAGCAGAUCCUGGAACUGGUGGUGUUGGAACAGUUCCUGAGCAUCCUUCCUGGGGAGCUGCAGGCGUGGGUGCGGAGACACUGCCCAGAGAGCAGGGAGAAGGCUUCGGCCCUGACUCGGGCUCUCCUGGCAGCGCUGGCCCAGACCCCAUGUGAGGGAUUGGUGACUUUAGAGGCUGUGUCUGUUACCUGGGAAGAGUGGAAGCAUCUAGAUGCAGCUCAGAGGUACUUCGGAAGGGAGAGUGCACUGAAGGAUUACCGGAGCAUGGUCCUGCCCAAUUUGGAAACUAAAGCUGAGAACAAGGAGUUGAUCCCAGAGGAACAAAUAUUUGAAGAAGUGAAGCCCCAGCCAUGGCUACAAACAGUGUCCGAAGGAAAGGCAUCUCUGUUUUCUGAGGGUGCCAGUAUCGAUGAGGACAGAGUUGAGAAGCAGCCAACAAACUUCAUGUCACUAAAACUCAAAAAUUCUCCUGAAGAGCAAAGACUCACCAGCAUCUCAAAUCUCAAUAUAAAGGGCUCUACAGAAGGAGUAUCUAAAAGUAAUGAAUUUGAGAAUGGGGCCAGAAAUUCCAGCUUUAUUAUUGGUCAGCACAACCAGACUGUGUCAAGGCCCAUUGAUGGUAAAGAAUAUAGGAACAAGCAUAAACAAAGUGUAGAUAAGGUGAACUGUCAUAUAGUAAAACCUCACAAGUCUGUUCACAUUGGAGAUAAUGUUCCUUGCUCUGGCCUUUUUGAGACCCAGAGGCAGUUUUGUGAAAGACGUUACAAAUGUGAUAGCUGUGAGAAGAGUUUCAAACAGCGUUCAGAUCUCUAUAAACAUCAGAGGAUCCACACAGGUGAGAAACCUUAUGAAUGCCAAGAAUGUGGGAAAAGCUUCAGUCAGAGUGCUGCUCUCAUUAAACACCAGAGGACACACACAGGUGAGAAACCAUAUGCCUGCAUGCAGUGUGGGGAAUGCUUCAGACAGAGCUCACAUCUAAAUCGGCAUCAGAAAACACAUGUUGGAAAGAAAUACUGUAAAUGUGUUGAAUGUGAGGAGACCUGCAACAAUUCCAGCCGUUUUAGGCAUCAGAGACUCCAUAAUGGGGAGCGACGCUACAAAUGUGAGGAGUGUGAGAAGAGCUUCAAACAGAGUUCAGACCUCUUUAAGCACCAGAGAAUCCACACUGGGGAGAAGCCUUAUAGAUGUUCUUUCUGCGGGAAAAGCUUCAGUCAGAGUGCAACUCUCAUUAAACACUGUAGAACUCACACUGGAGAAAAACCUUAUAAAUGUUUGGAAUGUGGGAGAAGCUUUAGACAGAGUACACACCUUAUCCGACACCAAAGCAUCCAUCGAAAUAAAGACCCAUGCAUUUGAUA